AAUAAAACAUGAGAAAGAUUUUUGGAUCUGGAUUCUCUCCGAGAGUCUGGAGAGUCUAAUUUGAGUAAUUUCAUUGGUUUGUUGAAACGCCCAAAUUUGAAUUGAGUUGAAAGUGGAGUUGCAGAAGAGGGUACAACGCCAUUAAAGUUGGCAUAUGUGUUUCCCGAAAGAAAUUAAUGAUGAUAAAAAAAUUUGAUCCCAUGUUUAGUACUAUAAUUAAUGACGAUGAUGGUAAUAAAGCAAGGAGCUUUUCACCUUAGUCAAGUGUAAUCCAGUUUCUCUCUCUCUCUCUCUUUGAAAUUCUCUGCCCCGUUUCCACUUUCCAGUUCAUAGUUUUCAAAAGAGAGACCCAAAACGACACAGUUUCACGGAGAGGAGCGAGGACUGAGGAGGAGCAAGGACACUCCCCUAACCCCUAGCCUCCCUCCACCAUGGACUUCCACCAUCACAACAACCACCACUCCUCACCGUCGUCGUCGAACUCCUCAUCCACAGCCACCGUCACCACCACGCAAAACCCUACCUCCGACGACCCUAUGCACUCCUGGUGGGAGUCCGUCUCCAAGGCACGCUCUCGCAUCCACGCCCUCGCUGCCAUCCUCCCUUCCUCUUCCGCCGAAGCCCUCUCCGCACUCGCAGAUUCCGACCGCCCUGCUCUCUCCCUCCUCUCCUCGCCCGCCGCCUACUCCGCCGUUUCCUCCUCCCUGCAAGGCUCCGCCUCCGACCCACUCUGUCACUGGCUCUACGACACCUUCCUCUCCUCCGACCCACACCUCCGCCUACUUGUCCUCUCCUUCCUCCCCCUACUGUCCGCCCUAUACCUCUCCCGCAUCCACCACCACUUCGAUCCCUCUUCCCUCGCCGGCUUCGAAGCCGUUCUACUCGCCAUCUACGCCGCUGAGACCAAAUCCCGUGCUGGCAAACCCUUGCUCGUCACGAUCCCCGACCUCUCCCAGCCCUCAAUCUACCACGCCCCCCUCCGGAAGCCCUCCUCCGCCGUAGACAAGCCCUCCUCUGUCGGCGUUCUGUCGCCCCCGCUGGAGCCGCACGUUGCCAUGAAGUCAACGAAGAGGGCCACUAUCGUCGGCACCGCGCUACACUGCUACUACGCACAGAUCUCGCAGAUGCCGAGCUGGUCGAAGCUCGAAUUCUGCCGCUUCGCCGCCGGGUGGGCUGGGCAGGACUGCCCUUGCCGAAGUGAACUCGAUCACCGCGACGAGACUGCUAUUGCGAACGGGCAUGGUGCAAUUGGGAGCUCCGAGAUUGAAAUUGAGGAGGUGGCUGAAGAAAUGGGGAAUUUGAAUUUGCAGAUUCAAAAAAGUGAUUUUGAUUUGGAUUCCAAUGGGGGUAAUGGUGAAGGGGCUCAUAAAGGUGAUAGGAUCCCUUUGCCGUGGGAGAUUCUACAACCGGUUCUGAGGAUAUUGGGGCACUGCUUGCUGGGUCCUUUGAACCCUCAAGAAGUGAAGGAUGCUGCAUCUUCUGCUGUCAGGUCUUUGUAUGCAAGGGCUUCUCAUGAUUUAGUGCCUCAAGCCAUACUUGCCACCAGGAGUCUCAUUCAGCUUGAUAACAGGACUAGGGAGGCUGCCAAGGCAGCUGCUGCCGUAGCUGCCGCUGCAGCAAAUGCUGCCACCACUGCCAGUGCCAACUCUUCCUCCAAUUCUAACACUCCCACUAAACCCAAGAAACCUGAAAUUCUACUGGUUUCCAAGUGAUUGAUUGACUUGGUGCCUUCCUGUCACAAUUUGAGUGUGAAGAUAACGGUUGCUGUAUAGUAUGUAUUGGUUUAGCCAUCAAGAUCAAGAGGACUUUGUGUACCUUAAUACUGUAAGCGGAAUUCAGUUUCUAUAAUAGAAUCUUCAUAGUUAGUGGUGCUUUCUUUUUUCAUUAUAAUCAUUUUUUUUUCCUUCUAAGUUCAGUAACUUAUAUAUACACUAUUUUUUUUUCUCUCAAGUGAUUAGUUAGCUGUUUUAA